AGAGUCCUCCAGCCCUGAGUCCCACAGAUGUUCCACUUCAACAAACCAGAGCCCUGGCCUUCAGAGAUGCCUCACUCCUCUCCUGAUGCCAUCAUGGAAACCAGACUCCUCAUCUGUGCCAUCAUUUGCCUCCUGGGAGCAGGACUUACAGAUGCGGGUGUCACGCAGAUUCCAAGACACUUGGUCAUAGCAAGAGGAGAAAAUGUGAUGCUGAGGUGUGACCCAAUCAAGCCACACGUGUAUAUUUUUUGGUAUCAAUUCCUGGAAGAAGAAUUGAAAUUCAUGGGUUAUCUUCAGAAUGAGAAAGUCUUAGAUAAAUCAGGGGUUCCAAAAACUAGAUUUUCAAUUGAUUGGCCCCAAAACUCAUCUUCUAUUUUGAACAUCCAAUUUACGGAACCCCAGGAUUCAGCUAUUUAUCUCUGUUCCAGCAACCCUAGAUGUGCCAACUACGAAGUAUUCUUUGGACCAGGGACCAAGCUUACAAUUGUAGAUGACCUGGAAAGAGUGACUCCCCCAAAGGUAACUGUGUUUCAGCCAUCUGAGGAAGAGAUUGGGGAGAAAGGAAAGGCCACUCUGGUCUGUCUGGCCACAGGCUUCUACCCUGACCUUGUGGAGCUGAGCUGGUGGGUGAAUGGGCAGGAGACCAAAAUUGGGGUCAGCACAGACCCUGAGCCCUCCAAGGAGCAUCCCAAGGAAGAGCACUCGAGCUACUCCCUGAGCAGCCGCCUCCGGAUUUCUGCUCCCUUCUGGCGCAAUCCCAAGAACAACUUUCGUUGCCAAGUACAGUUCUAUGGCAUUGCAGAGAAUGAGACCUGGUCAAGUAACCGGAGCAAACCUGUCACCCAGAAUGUCAGUGACCAGAUCUGGGGAAAGGCAGAUUGUGGAGUUACCUUUGAGUCCUAUCAACAAAGUAUCCAGUCUGCUACCUUCCUCUAUGAGAUUCUCCUGGGGAAGGCUAUGCUAUAUGGACUGCUGGUCAGUGCCCUGGUGUGGAGAGCCAUGAUCAAGAAAAAAUAUUCCUGAGGCUAGCUGUGAAGUUAAAAACGGAGACGAAAGAAGAAUUCAGCAGUAUAUCAUGGCUACGGCUUUCUCUAUUCCUAUCCCAUGUUCCAGAAGAAGUAAUAUUCCCUUCACUUCCACCUUCAUCUUUCACAAGUCUCCUCAAAUAGAACUGAAGCUCACAGAGAACAAGGAUGGGUUUAAUCCUUGAAGAAAUAAAAAGGAUGUUGCCUUGCUUAGCUGUUA